AUGAAAGGCAGCUCUAUCUUUACUGCAUUAUCCGCGGCCAUCUUCGGCUUCUUCAUUGGCAUUUCUUUUCCAGUAGAGAUCACACCAAAGCUUCAGUAUUGUGCAUUUCUUCCUUGCGGUGAUACAAACACAAACUCCAGCUCCAGUACCAGUAGUGAGAACAGCAACACUAUGCUCAAGUUCUGGGCACCAUUCGCCGCCAGAAGCAACACUACUAGUACUGCUGCACCGUCGAAUGCCACUAUUUCAGGGAACGGUACAGCAGCAGAUCAAGAAGAAGAAAUAGUGCCGAGAGGAGAGGAGAGACUGCCUCCUGGUAUCAUAGUCCGGGAAUCUGAUCUUCAUCUUCAUCGUCUAUGGGGGAACCCAAGAUCGGACGUGGGGAGUGAGAAGAAGUUCCUUCUGACGCUGACCGUGGGGUACACCGAGAAAGACCACAUCAAUGCAACUGUUCACAGGUUCUCUCGAUCGGACAAGUUUGACAUAGUCUUGUUCCAUUACGACGGGCGAACAACUGAAUGGGAGGAGUUCGAGUGGUCGAAGCAGGUCGUUCAUGUCAGCGCCAGGAAGCAGACCAAAUGGUGGUUUGCGAAGAGGUUCCUGCAUCCAAGCAUCGUGGCGCCGUACGAGUACGUGUUCGUGUGGGACGAGGACCUGGGGGUGGACAACUUCACGGCGCCGGAGGAGUACGUCGCCAUCGCCAGGAAUCACAGCCUCGCCAUCUCGCAGCCGGCGCUGGACAACACCAGAGGGAAGAGGUCCCGCUACGCCGCCACCGCCCGGAGGCCCCACGCCGGCGACAUGCACACCUCCGCCGGCUUCGUCGAGGUCAUGGCCCCUGUCUUCUCCAGGGACGCCUGGACAUGCGUCUGGCACAUGAUCCAGAAUGACUUGGUUCACGGCUGGGGUCUCGACCACAAUUUCUGGAGAUGCGUCGACGUGCCUCAAGAGCAGAUAGGGGUCGUCGAUGCGCAGUUCGUAGUCCAUCGUGGUGUCCCCACGCUCAUUAGCCAGGGCAACGGGGAACAGGACGGGAGCAGUGCCAAGGUGAGAUCCCGACAGUUCGACGAGAUGCACAUCUUCAACCGUAGAAUGGCCGAUGCUGAGAAGGCUCAAGCAGAAGCAGGAACAGCAGAUCAUCAUCGCUGAGUUAUUACAUUCUAUAACUCUAGAUCAUAUCGUCUUCACAUGAUUAAAUUAUUGGCAAUACAAAGAUGCAAUUUUGGGGGCAAAUAUGACCCGAGGCAUGUGCUGCUGUACGUAAAGCUACGGUCACGAGAUCACACGUGUUAUAGUGUAAAAUCUUGGUAAUUUUACGCUUAAAA